AAACACGAGGGACAGAGCUGGGCGGGGACUGAUGACACAUUGUUGGGAAGGCGCUUGCGCGUCGCAAGGGACCUAUUGAUGGAGUUGGGCCUGCGCGUUGUUGACCUGUGUAGCUUUCAGUACAGAGAUACAGGGAAAGUGAAGUAUGCGCAUUUGGACCUCGCUAAAUGUUCAUGGCUGAAGAAACAGGAGGCGGCGCACCAGGUUCCCAGGAGGUGUGUGCUGAAAUAAAUACAGCAAUGGCAACUGUUAAAGAAGAGCCUUCUGAUGGAGGGGCUGCUUCUUCAAGCACCACGUCUGACGAGCAACAUUAUUCACAUGGAGCAGACAUGAUGAUAAAAUCAGAGGAUGAUCCAGAGCUGCUUGAUAAAACUGACUGUAACUACAGAAUAGUUACUGUAGAUGAGGGUGGAACAGAGAACUGGAGUGAUCAUGAAGUUGUUUCUCUACUGCACGUGUGCCUAGAUGAGAGGAUCUGCCAGCAACUGGAGGGGCCCUUCCAGAACAAGGAACUGUUUGAAUUGAUCUCCCAAAGGAUGAUGGAAUUCGGCAUUAACAAAGACUGGAAACAAUGUCGGACAAAGUAUAAAAACCUUAAAUGUGAAUAUUCUCUUCUCAAGAACCAUAGAAAUCUACACCUGUCCCAAGAAAACUCUUAUGAUGAAGUUGAGAAUUUAAUGCAAAGGCUGUUAAGUGUAUUAAAUGCUGGAGGCAGCAAAACCAGCACGAGGAAGUUCUCUAGAGGAAACUAUUCAGAGCAGUCCCCAGAAUGUUACAGCAGUCUGCAGGGAAAUGCAGCAAAAGAAAUGAAUAUGGAAGAUCAAACACUGCCUUUAAGAAUCAAGAGAAAAUCUUCUGAAUAUGAGUCUCAAGUUCCUGGUAAAUUAAAGCGAGCGGAGAUUACAAGGACACGCACUUCUGAUAACACUCCUGACCUAACUGCCAUAGGAAAGCUACAAGGAACUCCAAUGGCAAGGUUUAACAAUCAGCAGGGCAGUUAUCAGGAUGUCAGCGGAGAGCAGCUGCAGGCUAACCAGCCAGAACUUCACAACUAUUCUUCGCAAUUUCUUCAGCUUCAAGCGAAGUUUAAGAGGAAUAACAUUUUGGCAAGUCGCACUGCCAAACGCUGCCGCUCAUCCUCCGGGAAAUUUAGAAAAGUUUCCAAAGAUAUAAUUUGUUUGCCUGCCGAGUAUCCAGAGGAAAACUGCACUUACAGGGUUCCACGAGGGACGGAAAGAGAACAGCUAGCCAUGCAGGGCCUAAUUGGCAAGAUACUGAUACAGUCUUCUUGGACCUUUGAGAACUUCAAGACUGAAGUAACCUCCCUAUUCCGAAAGUGUUUUAAGUGCAAGGACCAAGACUUCACCUUUUCUUUUUUACAGUGUUUACCAGGAAAUCGUAAAUUAAUUAAGCCUAAUGUGUCAGCUGGCUUUAAAUGGAGUGGCAUUGCAAUUAUAAGCCUAGCAGCACAAGGUUCAUUAUACAUAAAAACACAACACUCUCUUGCAUCACCUGCAAAGAAUAUGUUUUUCCAAAACAAACCAUACAUUACUGAUGCAAGCAGUGACACUGAUGUUUCCAGGAUUAGUACACCACCAGGUAGCCUGGAGAAACAAAGAGAUUGCUUCUCUGAUGCAACACAUGAAAGAGAUUAUAACCAGCAGGUGGCUUCUCGAAACCCACAAGGCUGUACCUUUCAGGAUUUACACAUUCCUCUUUAUAAAACUCUGGUGCAGCAUUGUCCUGAUGAAAGAGAACAUGUUACAGAACUUAAGCUUGGUAAGAAGUUAAGGGAAGAUGAAGCUACCGAGGUUUAUGAAUUAUCUGAACAGCCUGGCUGUGUUCUGAUCCAGUCGAAGGAUCAUAUAAAUGCACAGUAUACAGCCUGGGAUGGUCAUAAAGAUACAAAAGCAUCUGUAUCCAACAAAGCUACCAGCCGUGUAUUCAUUCUCCUACAGGAGGCUGGCAUAAAAACAGCAUUUGUUAAGAGGUGCAGUGAAGCUGCUUUUAUUGCUACCCAGUGCGAGAUGAUUCCAAUAGAAUGGUUCUGCCGGAAGAUCCCCACUGGGAGGAACACAGAAACGGAUGAAGGCUACAGAUUUUCUCAACCAAAAGUGGAGAUGUAUAAGGUUGAUGAUACUAGCAAUCACCAGUUGUCGAAGGAACAGUUGAUGGCAGUAAAGCUUAUCUGUGCAGGACUUCUGAUUGGAAAGAUGGAGGUGGAUGUAAUGACUCGCUCAACAAUAGCCAUAUUCGAAAUUAUAGAAAAAGCUUGGCGGGCUCAGGACUGCACUUUGGUGGACAUGAGGAUUAAGUUUGGUGUUGAUGUGACCAAAAAAGAAAUUCUACUUACUGAUAUCAAAUGUGGCUCUCAGGCUCUCUGGCCACUAGGAAACAAGAGUCAGUUGAACAAUAAUCCGUGCUUAGGGGGACAAAGCAGAGUUGUCUUGUUAAUGGAAUCAACUUCAGAUCUUGCACACUGUGAGGAAAUCAAGAAGUCAUGUACCAAGUAUGGAAUGAAAUGUGAGCUGAGGGUGGCCUCGGCCCAUACAGGCCCACAGGAGACUCUGGAUAUUUUAGCAGAAUAUGAAGGAGAUUAUAUUCCAACUGUUUUCAUAGCAGCGGCUGGUGGAAGCAAUGGCUUGGGGGCUAUAGUGGCCGCAAAUUCUGCUCAUCCUGUUAUCAGCUGCCCCCCUCAUAGUGCAGAUUGGAGCACUAAGGAUAUCUGGUCUUCUCUCAGGAUGCCAAGUGGCCUUGGAUGUUCCACUGUGUUGUCACCAGAAGCAGCAGCUCAGUUUGCCGCUCGCAUUUUUGGAAUAAACAGUCACAUGGUAUGGUCCAAGCUACGAGCCUGCACUCUGAACUCAUGGAUUUCUCUCAAGCAGGCAGAUGUGAAGCUAAGAAAAUCCACUUUGUAAUAUCUUCUAACUCACUGGAGCUUACAUCUUCAAAGGGAAAAUAUAUUCACCUUACAAAGAAUAGCAGUCCAAUUUUCUUGCUUAUAAACAGUUUAAACAUUUCCAGUAAACCCAUAACAGGCAUAGAAUAAAGCACCCCUUUAUUCACUAAUUUGGUUGCAUCCAAUGUCUACCUCAAUAAACGUUCAGCUUUGCAAAA